CAUGGAGAAGCUAAAAAAAGUUAUUCAUUCUAUUGAAUAAAAUACACAAAUUCCAGAAGUAAUAGCUUCUCAUUAUGUGCCUAAUUCUGGAGAGAAAGAAAAUCUGAAGGAUAAAGUAGAAAAGAAUAGUGACAGUUUAAAAUAAUGA